AUGAAUUAUUAUAAUUUUUUAGUCAAAGAAAGGAAAAUAAAUGAGGAUGACGAAUAUUAUGAUAUAGAAAUGACACAAGGUGGGAGUUGUAAAAAUGUAAAUAUAAAAGACGGUUGUACGGUUAAUAGGAGGAACAAAAUAAGUAAAAAUAUUAAAGAAUAUGCUAUUGAAAAUAGGAAUCCUAUAAGCAAAAAAUGUAAUGGCAAGAAUGUGGAAAAUUAUAUAUUUAAAACAAAAAUGAAUGAAAUGAUUUUAAAUAAUUUAAAAAAUAUAUUUGAGAAAAUUGAAAGUAUAGAGAAAUUAACAAAUGUGGAUAAUUAUAUUAAUAUGAAAAAUAAAUAUGUGAAUUAUCAUAAAACAAAUUUUAUGAACCGUAGUAAUAUUACUUCAAGUAAUGAAAGUCGUGUCGAAGAUAAUAAUUGCUUACAUAAUAAUAAUAAUAAUAAUGAAAUUUGUUCUACGUAUUCAUAUAACAGGUUAAAUGAUAUAGUAUACAGAGAUAAAAGAAAUAAGGGAAUAUAUGAAACAUGUUAUAAACGUUCUUCAAGUAAUUGUAAUAAUGUUGAUAAUAAUAAUAAUAUUUAUGAAUAUGUUAAUAGGGGAAAUGCGUACUGCAGUGGGCAAGAAAACAUUUUGUAUAGGGAGGAUAACGUUUAUUCUGAUGAUGAUAAAAAUUAUAACAAUAUACAUUAUCUGUUCAAUUACAAUAAUGUAGGGGCUAAUAUGUACCAAUGCGAUAAUGAAAUAAAAAACUUGGAAAUAUUAAAAAGUAAAUUUGCACAUUGGGGAUUACGAACGUAUAAAUGUUUGGACUAUACAAAGGAUAAUAAAAUCUACAAAAGACUUCUAAAAGAAGAAAAAAAUGGUGAUUUAUUUACGAAUAAUAAUGUAAAUUAUGAAAUAGGUAAUAAGAAGGAUUUUGUAAAGUCUUUGAAGCAAAAUAAUAGUAACGAGAGAUCUGAUUUUUUUGACCGAAACGAAAUGAACAACUUAUCGGAGAGUGAAAAAAAAGACAAUUUUACCGUGUGUAAGAAAAAAGAAGAAAAUAUUUUUAGUAAUAAGUUGAAUAUCACGAAUAAUAGUGAAAAUAUAUUAAAUGGGGAUGAUAUAAUAGUCUUAAAGGGAAAAGGUUUAAAUAAGAAUAUAGAAGUUUUUCCUAGUGGUAACAAUUUAGGGAAUAAAAAUAUCUUAUUUCCAUAUCCGGAUAAUAAGAAUAAAAAUGAAAUGAAUUUAACGAAAUAUUCGAGAAAUAAAUAUUUCUAUGGUCAAUACAAAUAUGAUGAGUCUACAUAUAUAUAUGAUCUUAUAGUUUUGGAUGCAUCUGGACAUAUAUAUAAGGUUUCUACAGAUGGAACUUAUUACUGGAAAUAUAAGAUUGUGAAGAGCAUACAUGAUUAUUUAAAUUUUGAUGAUAACAAAAAAGAAGAAGGUUCUCAUUAUAAAGCUAUAAAAGACGAAAGUGGGGAUAACUUUACUUUUAAGGAUAAUUUUACAGAAAGCAAAGUUGACAUAGAUCAGGAAUUAACAUUAAAACUAAGGGCAAUGAAAAGGCUACAAUAUAGGAAAUAUUUUGAUAUAUCCAAAAUAAAUGCUCAUAAGUAUACUCUUAUAGAUGGUAAAAAAAAAUUGCUUCAAGACCGUGUUAAGGAUUUUAAGAAGAAAAAUUAUAAUGAAAAAUUAAAAAAAGGUAAGAAUAUAACUAAAAAGUUGCUUUCAAAUUAUAGUGGAGAUUUAUAUUAUGUGAAUGAAGAUAAUGAGGCAAUGUCUUUAAAUAUAAAUAUUAAAGAUGUUGUUAAUAAUUCUCCAUUCAAAUCUCCGCUUUUUCCAAAUAUAGUAUUCAUGGGAUCUAGACAUUCAAGUAUAAUUAAUAUAGAUUAUGAUACAGGAAACGUCAUAAAGGAAUACGAUGAAACAUAUGAUUAUAUAUUGAGUAAAGGAGCAAACGCAACUUUAUUAAAUCGAAAGAACGAAAAAAUAAUAAAAAAUAUUUCAAACGAAAAUGAGCAUGCUUUAGAAAAUGAACAAUUAAGCGAAUACGAUAAUAAUAUCCAAAGUUCAAAUUAUAAAAGCGAAAUUAGGGAUAAAGAAGUUGAAAGCGAACGUUAUGACAAAAUUGUUGGUGAGGAUGAAAAUGGACAUAAAGAUAAAUUAGAUGAUCCUAAGGAAGAGGAUUAUGAUGGAUAUGAAGAUGGAAAUGAAAAUCAAUAUAAAAAUCGAUAUGAAAUUUAUCCUCUAUAUAACGAUAUAAUAGAAAAAGAGCAUAAUAAGAGUAACAUUAUCUAUGGCAUUCAUAGUGAAAAAAUCAAUAAUAAACAGAUUUUGAGAAGGGAUGAAAAUAACACAUUACUUAGUUCAAAUGAUACAGUGAAUGAAUAUCACACAGGACAAAAAUUGGACAAACAUUCGUCAAAGGAUACAUUCAAAGGGGGAAAGGUUACUAAUGAUAAAAACAUUGGUGAUAACGACUCCCAUAACAGUAGCAAUAGUAAUAGUAAAGGUAACACUAAUAGCAAAAUCAAUAGUAAUCAUAAUAAUGUCGAUGACACCAAAGACAAGUGGAAAAUAAAAUUAAAGAAUGUGCGAAAUGUCUUAAGGGAAGGGAGAAAAUUCCCAAUUAGAAAAUCGUUUAUGAGAAUAAAUAAAAGGAAUUUUCUAAAAAUGCAUUCUUAUAAUACCAUUUUAGAAGUAAUGAAAAAGAAGAAGAAAAAAAAAAAAAAAAAGAGGAGAAAGAAAACAGAAAAGAGACAAUUGCAAAUUAGUAUUGUUAAAUGGAUUAUUGAAGCAGUUGAUGAAAAGACAUUGAAAAAAAAAUGGAUAACAACUUGGGUUGAUGUUGGAUCCAUUUUUAUAACUGAUAGUCAUAAAGAAGAUAUAUCAUUUAUUAAUACAUUAAUUGAAAUUAUGGGUAAUAAGCUGAUAUUAAGACCGUUAGAAGUAGAUAAAAUGAACAAAGCUUAUAGUAUUUCUAAAAAUAUAAAUAGUGUAAAUGAUGAAGGGAUAGGUAUUAUAGAAACAAAUUAUGAAAACGAUUUGGAAAAUGAAUUGCAAAAUAAAAUGAAUAAAGCAAAUACUAAUGUCAAGUCCAAAAUUUUUAUUUUCUCAGAGGCAAUAUCUUCUGUUUUUGCUUUGAAGUUUAAAUCUGCUUCAAAUAUUUUUACGUUAGAUUUGAUUAUGAAACAGAAUGGAAAGAUGUUUCCAGAAUAUAAUAAUCUAAAAAAAUUUACAUAUGGCUCUCUUAAUUUUAACAAAGAGAAUACAUUGUUUUUACCUUUUUCAUCUAAUGAUUAUACCAAAUAUAAUGAUGAAAAAAAGGUUUCAUAUGAUUUUGAUGAGAAUAUACAUUAUGGCAAAAAAAUAUUACACCGACUAAAUAAUAUAUCUGUAAAUAUAACAUCUAUCGAGAAGGAUAUAAGAUAUCUUUUAUCCAAUAUAAUUUUUAUUUAUGAUAAAAAUAAAAAGAUACCUAUAAAUUAUAUAUACAAGAUGAAAUACUUAAUACGUGAGUAUCAUAAGACGAAACAACAAUUCUUGUUUUAUUUACCAGGAUUAGACAGGCAAAAACAUUUGAGUUAUUCUUAUUAUAAUGAUGAAAGUAUAAAUAAUAUUAAUAGUAACACGGGUAAUGGUCCUAUCCACAUAUGCGAAUAUGUAAAAGAAUUUAUUGAUUUGUAUUUUGAAGAAAAUGAAAUAUGCUUUGAUUAUUGUUCUGUGUUAAAUAUAUGGGAUAAGAUAUUCAAUAAUUAUACUAGUCAAGAGGACUGCUUUUUGUUGUCAAAUUUAUAUAGGGUUAUUCAAAAUGCUUUUGCUUUUAACAACAAAGAUUUUAACAAUUUUAAUUAUGGACAUAUGUUAUCAGAAAAUGGCAAUUUCUUAGUUAAAAGGAGAAAAAAAAUAUUCAAUGGCUCGAGGAGUCAGGAAUUUAAGGAGAUAUCCCCCCUAAAGUAUAAGAAAGGAUGGUAUUGGAGUAUGUUCUAUGCAGUGAUGCUGAUAUUCGUUGUUCCUUUUGUAUUUAUAUACAGAAUGUUCAAGAAGAAAAAAAACAAUAAUAAAAUAAUUAUGAAGAGGAAAAAAUUAAAAGAUUAUGAUGAAAAUGAGCGCGACAGUGUAUAUAAAUACGAUGAUGAUAUAGUAAAAAUGAGCUACAACUUACUGCAUGAGGAUAACUUAAAACUAAAAAAUAUUAUAAGAGAAAAGAAUCAUAUGAUAAUGUCAGAUAAUGAAUUAGGUAUUGAUAUUAAAAAAGAGAUUGUGACAAAGUUCGGCAAAGAUGAACAACCAACAUUAGUGGAUAUAUUAGCUAGACAUGCAAGAGACUCAGAUAGUAGUAGUGGUAAUAAAUAUUUUGAUAUUCAUGAUGUUAAAUAUAAUUUACAUCCAUUACAUUACUGGGGGGAUAGAUCUAAAUAUAGUUUACCUAAUAUGUCUAAUAUGAAUAAUUCAUAUAGAAACAAACACAUUGAAACUAUUAAAUCUUAUAUUAAUGAAAAGGAUACGUUUUAUACUUAUAGAAGGAGAGCUGCAUCACAGGAUGUAACAUAUAAACAACCGUUUAUUUUAAAAAGGAGAAUAAGAAGUAACUACAAGUUAGGAAAUAAAUAUAAUAAAAAAAAUUAUACCGAUAAUGAAAAGGACAACAAGAAACACAAUCGUGUGAAACAAAAACAUAUAGAUGAAAAAGCUUUUGACAAAAAAGACUUCAUAAACUUUCUGACUAAUUUUAAUAAAAAAUUUAUGAAAAAAAAUUCAUUGGUAGAUCAUCUUAUGAAAAUCAAUAAAACUGCUGCUGGUAAUGAUAAGUCUAACCAUAAUAGUAGCAGUGUCAGCAGUAAUGAAAACAGUAGUGCAAACAAUAGUACCCACAACAUUGAAAAUAAUAAUGUUUUAAGUAAUUCGGGUAAAAAGAAUCAAGGUAUGAGUAGUGAUAAUGAAUAUAAAAACAAUUUUUUAAAAAAAAAUGGAUUAAAGAAGUAUAUUUAUGAAGAAAAUAAAACAAACGAUGAGAAGAAAAAUAAGAUCAAAUAUUCAAAACAUACAGAAAGUGACCACAUUAGUACACAUAAACAAAAUACUCAGAUGAAAAGUAAGACGGAAAGUAUAGGAAAUAAUGGUACUGAAAAAAUGAAUACUAAAAGUUCAACUGCAAGGAACUUAUCCAGUAUUCAGACAUCUCAUAUUCCUUAUGAUGCUCCAUUAGCUGAUUUUUUAGAAAAUGGAAGAUUUAUGAGAACUUUUGAAAAUAUCUCUUUGAUAGGACAAGGUGGAUUUGGAUCAGUGUAUAAGGUGUCACAUAGACUUGAACCAGGAUCUCCUACUUAUGCUGUAAAAUUUAUUUAUUUAAAAGUUAGUUCAUUAGAUAGUGUAAGUUCAAGAAGAUAUUUCCGUGAAAUUGCAGCAAAUAGAGAUAUAUAUAGUAAACAUGUUGUGCGUUAUUACACUUGGUGGUGUGAGGAACCACAAUUUCUACCCAUGCAUAUAUUACCGAAGGAAGUACAAAAUUUAGUUAAAAGGAAUAAAGAUUCUUUUAAGAAAUUUAGUAACAAAAAUAAAAAAUAUGAUUGUGUUUGCUCUGAAAAAUUAUCGUCUUGGGAGAACAAAAGAGUUGAUUUAAAAAAUUAUAAGAAGAUCAUUAAAAAAAAGAAUUCACGUCGAUUUAAAUUUUAUAGUGACAACGAUGGAUUAAGUUAUAAAAGAAACGAUUACAACGUUUAUGAUAAUGAUACGUAUAACAAUAAUAUUAAUAAUGGGAAGAAAAAAUUAUUUUUAAGUGAUAAAAACUUUUCAGACAAUGUAUAUGCAAAUGAAAACAUUAAAAAUAAAAGGAAAAAAAAAAAAAAAAAAAAAAAAAAAAUAAUCUAUGAAGAAAAACAGAAUGGUGAAUUAAAAGGUAAAAACCAUAAAUAUCCAUCUGCUCGUGAGAAAAUUAAUACUGCUUAUUUUAGUUCAAGUUUUCAAGAGUUUGAUCCCUUUGAUUAUGGAUAUCUGAGUGAACAAGAUAGAGAUCUAAUUGUUUUUGCCGACAAUGAUGAACCGAGUGCUCAUAAUACACGUCCACAAAUAACAGCUUCGGGGGAAAUGCAGUCAAGUAAUAAUGUUAAUACGAAUAGCAGCAAUUAUAGUAAAGGACCUCCAAUCAACGCAGACACAACUCAAAAUGAAGACGAAUUGUUAAUUCAAAGUGCGAUAAAAAGUAAUUUGAAUCAUAUAAAGGAUUCUAAACAUGUUACUUAUGACACUAAAGUAAAUGAUUCCCAACAAUGCAAAAAUUAUUUAAUGGAAACGAAUGUGCCUAGUGGUAAUGUUAAUGGUAUAUCAUCUAGUAAGACUAAUUUUGUGAAAGAAUAUGAAGUUAAAAACUGUAACAAAGAUGAUUUCACUUAUAUAAAUAACAAGGAUAAGAUAAUUAAUGGAGUUGAAACUGUUGAUAAAAAAAUAAAAAAUAUUAGUAACAAAGGUGAUUCUACUACCACAAAUGAACCAGCACAACAUAAUGUGGAAAAAAAAGAAUGUAAUAACAACAAUAAAGAGAAAAAGAAAGUUGAUGAAGAAGAACUAGUUCUAAAGGAAAACGCUGAUAAAAUAAUAAAAAGUUACAAGAAAAAAAAUGUUGGUCCAGAAUUUUCAAUAGUUUUGUUACUACAAAUGGAAUUGUGUAAAGGAUAUACACUUCGUAAAUGGCUAGAUAGAUCAAAUAGAAGUGAUAAACCUUUACAUUUUACAUACUGUGAUAAAAAUAUGAACCAUCCAUUAGAGUUUGAUUUAUUUAAACAGCUUAUUAAAGGUUUAAAAGAUAUUCAUUCUACAUGCUUUAUACAUAGAGAUUUAAAACCGGAAAAUAUCUUCGUAGACCCAGACACGUACACUUUAAAAAUAGGAGAUUUAGGAUUAGUUCGAUUUAUUGAAGAAAAGAAAAGAGAAAAAGAUUUAAAUAAUUUAGAUUCUUUUAAAGACAAUAUAUAUACAGAAAUUAACCACAAUACUAUAACUAGUCAAAUAUCAUUAAAAGGUCAAAUAAUAGGAACACCAGGAUAUACAGCACCAGAGGGAGGAGCAUUAUGUGAUGAAAAAGCAGACAUAUAUAGUGCAGCUUUAAUACUACUAGAGUUGCUGUGUCCACGUUUUAAUACUAUAAUGGAGAGAUAUAAAAGAUUAAAUGACUUUCGAAAUUAUUAUACUGUUCCUGAUUAUGUUAAAAUUCAUUUAAACCCGUGGUACAUUUUAAUGCUACAAAUGUCUAAACCUAAACCUGCUGACAGACCAUCAGCUGCAGAUUUAUAUAGUAAAAUAAAAGUACUACUGGAUCCUCAUCUAACCGAUUUUGCUUUUAGUUUUAAUGAUAUUAAUAACGAUGAUGGACCGUAUUUAGUUGAAUCAAAUGGAAAAAAUUCCAACCUUCAUAAUGAGACCAUUGACCAGAAUAGUUCACGUAUCAAUAAGGUGUACAGCAAUGGUGUUGACGCGAACAAAAUAGGUAGUAAUAAUGAUGUAGGUAGUAAUGAUGUGGAUAGCAUUAAUAUACGUAGUAAUAAUGUGGUUAGUAAUAAUAUAGGUAGUAAUAAUAAUGUAGGUAGUAAUGAUGUGGAUAGCAUUAAUAUACGUAGUAAUAAUGUGGUUAGUAAUAAUAUAGGUAGUAAUAAUAAUGUAGGUAGUAAUGAUGUGGAUAGCAUUAAUAUACGUAGUAAUAAUGUGGUUAGUAAUAAUAUAGGUAGUAAUAAUCUGGAUAGUAUUAAUAUACGUGACAACUGUUUUAAUAAAAAUGAUAACAAUGAAAUUAGUGCGAAUAAUACAAAAAAGGAGUCUUCAGUAAGUUGCAUAAACUUGGAAAAUUCCCAUUAA